UGCAGUCACAUUCACCUGCCACUAUAUUACCGUUUGAUUUCACUCUCCCUCUCAUCACACCUGGAGAUUCGAGCCUCCUUCUCUUGUCUGCCCUCCCAUUGACCAGAGAAACCUCAUCACAUCUCUCUCUCUCUCUGCGUGCGCGCACCACCGUUGCAGACGGCGGCAAUGGCGGACUACGAGAGCAGCCACCACCACCACCACCAUCAUCUGCAGCAGCAGCAAGCGAAGGAGACGGCCCUCCAGGCGCUGAACACCAUAAUCCAGCUCCACUUCGAGAAGACCCUGGAGAAGAAGCGCGCCAUCGACCAGCAGAAGAAGGAGCUCCACCGCCUCUUCCUCCUCUUCUUCAUCUUCCUCGCCCUCCUCUUCGGCGCCCUCUCCCAGCCCUCCUCCCGCCUCCAGUGCCGCCACUGCUGGGCCCCCAUCUCCCUCCUCUCCCUCGCCCACCUCGUCUUCUACGUCUCCGUCGCCCAGACCCUCCGCACCGUCAACGGCUUCAAGUACCAGCGCCGCUGCCACAAGCUCACCCUCGGCCUCGCCACCGAGCGGCUCCGGGACCUCAAGAUGAGGAUGACCCUCGCGAUGGCCCACAGCGACGGCGGCGGCGGGGGCGGCGGCCACCACCACCACGAGGUGGUGUUCGACGAUGGGGACUUCGAGAUCCAGUACCAGGAGCCGCCCGAGAGCUACCUGGGCAAAUUCAAGCGGAACUGGGCUCUGCAUUUCGGGUUCUUGAUCUUGGUCUACGGCUUCAUGGUCUCUUUCUCUGUUGUCAUCCUCUGUUUCUAGGAACAGUUACUCUGCUUUUUUUGGUGGGUAUUUGGCAAGCAUUUGUUCUUCUCUUUUCAUUCAUUUGUCUAGAGGAUUGAUUUCCUGGGUUUGAUCUGGGAAGAAGUUAAACUGCAAUCAAAAUCGAUUCAAGAAAGUACUUCGAAAGAAAUACGGAAAUGGGAAAGAUUCAGCGAGUCUUCAUCGUUGAGGAA